AUGGUCAAGACAUAUAUUGGCCAAUGGUUAUAUACAUUUCCUUGGUCUCAGGUCAUUUCUGGUUUUUGGCAAAAAUAUCCUAAUCCAUACUCAGGUCAUAUUUUAUCAGAAGAUGUGUAUUAUCGAACGGUCACCGAUGAUCAAACUCUUAUAACAAAACGUUUGUUAACUAAAACAAGUAAAAUUCCACGAUGGGGUGAACGUAUCUUUUCACGAGGUUCAGCGUCAACCAUUGCAUUCAUUAUCGAAGAAUCUAUAUGUGAUUUGAAACAGAAAACAUUUACAACCAUAUCAAAGAAUAUUAAUCUAACAUCUUUAAUGACUGUCGAUGAAACAUGUAUUUAUCGUCCAGAUCAAAAUGAUGAAUCAAGAACAAUUUGUGAAAAGAAAGUUCUAGCAACAUCAAUAUUGUUCGGUUUUAAAACAACGUUAGAAACAUUCGCAAUAAAACGUUAUAAAAAAAAUCAAGAAUUAGCUAGUCUUGGUUUAGAAUUUACACUUCAUAAAUUAUUUCUUCCCCACUUACCAUUACCACCGGUUAUUGGUAUAAAAAAGCUAGAUACUCGAUCAUUUUCAAGUAAAUUAAGUGAUAAAGCAAAGCAAUUCUUAAAAUCAUCAUCUCCUAGUGAUUGA